AUGCUAUUAUGGCAUCGGAUAGUAUGUUCUCUUCUCAUAAAAAUAUUUGGAACGAAGCCAGCUGAUAUUAAGUCUCUUGAAGACUCCACGGUAUCAGAUGAGCAUAACACCGAUAUAGAAUUGGAUCGGUGCUCUGUUAAAUUCCUUUUGAAUGGUGGGACGGCAAGCUUCAUCGAAUACUUUUGCUUCCCUUCGCUCAACACUGGAACCAAACGAAUGAAUUCGUCCUUGGAUGGAUCAAACGAUUCUGGCGUCUUACAUGGCUUUCCAAGUCUCGCAGUGGGUGGAACCAGUUUUCCGAAUCCAUUCAUGGAUCAGCCUAUUGACUGGUCACUAUUCGACGAUGAGAGUCUUCUAAACCUACUGAGUGGUGCAUUCAAUGGCAUGGAAACCCACUCAGAUAAUCUUUUACCCUCGUUCUUCAUAAGUGAAGAGCACGCAUCUGCUCUUCCAAUUGCGACAGCAUUUCCAGGAGAAUGGGAACCUCUAGGUAUCAUAUCCGCCACUAUCACGCAAAAGAUAUUGGAUAAAACAAUCUCUUCAAAUGCCUCUGCGCAAAAACAAGCCCUUAUCUUGCAAAAGCUAAACUAUCUCUUCACUCCUUCAAGGAUUACGAAUUUAGUAAACAUUUACUUUGAAACAUGGCACAAGAACUGCCCAAUUCUACAUCGGCCAUCUUUCAGUAUUGAGACCGCACCAAUAAACCUACUUACAGCCGUCAUUAUGAUGGGAGCAAUGUACUCACGGGUUGACGAGGAAAUCAGUACGGCAAAACUAAUUCUCGAUCUGGCUGAACUUUAUAUAUUUUCAUCCGAGGAUUUGACGGAAGAAUUCGAAAUUAAACAGAUGCUUGGAGACUGGGAAAGUCCGUCUAUUGAUCAAGAUGGCUUGGAUAUCACCAGCUACCAGAACCUUUCAGCGGCAUAUCUAAUACUAUGCGCCCAGUUCUGGGCAGGAACUUUAAUUUCUAGAAAACGAUCCAUUGAGACAAGAUUUGGAGUCCUGAUCAAGGCAAGCUUUCCAUCUUAUAGAGUGGCUCGAAGAAUAGGACUUACGAAAGCCCGACACGAUCUUGAGGAUAGCCUCGAUGAACGCUUAUGGAUUCAAAACGAGGAGAGAAUACGACUCAUGAAUGUAAUGACGCUUCUUGACUGUGCCUUCUGCUUUUUUGCCAAUUUUCCUUGUCGUUUGACAAACCAAGAAAGGGCUUUUGAUCUCCCAUCAGAGGAACACAUCUUCGGAUCCUCCAGACCCUUCUCUGAGCCAAACUUCGUCUCUAGUCGUCACCUUACCGUAUUCGAAGCAUACCAAAGUCUCUUCACACGACACUAUUCUCAGCCAACUCAAGACCAAGAAAGAGAAAUAAAUCCAUUAGCGUUAAAUCUUAUGGACAUGUUUGUUCUGAUUCAUCUUCUUUAUGUCCAAACUCAUAACCACAUUACACAAUAUACAUCCCUUAUUCCUCAAGUACGUGCCGAGUUGGGGGGAUCUACAGGACCUAGAACUCAGAACCCGUUAUCAAAGUCCAGCCAUGCGCACAUUCAAGAAGCACUUAGUCAGUGGUGGUCCAUUUGGGUCAGUGUUCGAUCCAAUAUUCCAAACAGUACCUGGUCCAUGCUCGGGUUCUUUAGGAAUGGGAUUAAUUAUUGGCUCGUAACGCAGCUUCUCAUAAGCCAUAUGGGAAGUGUAGAUGUAAUGAUGGGGAUAGAAGUAGGAUGUGAAGAUAUGUUGAAGCACUUGAAGGAACUUCUGAGAGAUAGUGGCAGUGAUGUUUAA